CCCGCCCCGUUCGUCCUUCCUUGUGUUCAGUUGCCGUGAGAAGCUUAUUCGUACUUAAAACACUCAAGCGUUAAAUGGUUUCCUUAGUCCUGUCUUUUAGGCAGCGUUUCGUUUUUGGUUAGCAAAGCAAGACAGGGCAUUCAGAGCAUUCAAACUGCGAGGUCGGGACUCCCCAAGCAUAACAGAUGGGUCGGGAAUCUUUCAGUAUGCAUCGGGAAUUGUUUCUGAUCUUGAACUUUUGGAUGGCUUUUGCCUCCGAGACCAAUAAAACGGGUAUGCUUCCACCUCCGCGUAACUUAUCCUUGGAAAGAACGAAUCACAAUUUCUGUCUGCGUCUUUCGUGGAGUCCACCGGAGGGCCUAAACAACAGCAACAAGUGUGCGGUACACUACGAGGUGGUAGAGAAAGUCGGCCAGAAUUACGAAACAAGAACAACCAAUGACCUAUUUAUUAAAAGAUGUCCUAGCCUGGAGUCCGGAGUGAUGUACAGAGUGAAAGCCAAGUGCAUCAAUGGGUCUCACAUGGAGAGCAAAUCUGUAACUCGGGGUAUUCUGGCUCCCAAAGAAGAAUUGAUACAGAACUUUGAAUGUAUUCAGUAUGCAUCUGAAGCUAUGAACUGCACAUGGAAAACAGUGAAACAGACAGAAGAUCUUCAGCUCUUCUACUGGUAUGAAGGCCAGCCGGCGCCUGAGCCCUGCAAGUUGUACCUAUUUGAACAAGGUGUGAAGAUGGGCUGUCACCUAAGUGGAAAGUUCCUCAGCCACUAUAAUGUGAAAGAAACAGUCUACUUUGACUUCAGUGGCACUCAGGGCACUUCCGCAAUGAAUAACUACUUCCAAAGGAUGCCUAUGUACAAUGUGAAGCCCCCACCGCUGCAACUGGAUAUUUUCCAUGAAGAUAGCUUCCUGAAAUUGACAUGGAAAGACCCUGGUCUGUUCAAUGCAGAAUGUUGGGACUACAUCUACCGGUACAAGACCAAUGAGUCCGGGGACUGGAAGAUGAGUGAUCUUAUCAGGACAACCAAUGGCAAGCUGACCUAUGACCAGCGGUAUGAGUAUGUGGUGCAGGUGAAGGCCAUCUACUCAGGCAGAUGUGGAACAGGAGAGACGGACUGGAGUUUGGAGAAACACUAUGGUCAGCCCCAGUCACCGAACUGGUUUCCGCAUGUUAUUGUUAUCAUCAUUCCUGUCCUGUUCACAAUUGCUACGAUCAUUUGCCUCAUCUUCAUUAAGAAACUCCGGAAGCUGAUCCUGCCAGAGAUUCCUAAUCCUAGAAUUAUCAAGAUACCGUGGAAAAGUGAGAAGACAAUGUUCCCAGAUCUCUUCAUUCCACCUGAGGAUGACUAUUCAAAGGUAAAAAUCCUGAAGGAGCCUCUGCAAUUGUGAACCAAACCAUGGGGAUCCAGGAGAGGAGUCACUUAGGGCAGCCAUUUUGCCGAAGGCAGAGCGUACCGUGCACAUGGAUGAACCGGCCGGCUGACAAAGACACUAUGAACCUUCGCGGCUGUUUCUGUGCGUCUUGUAUAGUGUAUAGUGCCCAUGACUUUCCAAAGGAAGAGAAGAAAAGGACUUCAUUAUACACACAGGCUAACCUCGCUCCCACCCAAACAUAUAAACAAAUCCACAGAGGCUCACAUACUAGGGAUAAUUUUGUAAAGACGUGGUACUUUGUCUAACCUGCUGUAACACAUAAGGACUAGUCUUACCUCAUUAAAGUCAGACAGGAUGAAUCCGACUCAGAAACUGACUCUUGUGAUCCACAGACCCAACUUCACCCAUCAUGUAUUUACCACUGUACGAAACCAGGCUUUAAAAUCUGUAAAUAUCAAUAUUGAAAUAUGAACUUAGUGUGAGUUUUGCCUCUUAUCUGCAUGUUAGUACAUGUUUAUAUUGUGUAAUAAAAAAAAAUGAGUUUUAAAAAUCACAUAAUUUCUCUGUGUAAAAUGUGCAAAACUACAACCCAAGAUUUAGGCAUGGGGACUUCUGAAGUUGUUAUUGGUGUAAAACCUGCACAUGCUGCUUUCUGACAAUAAUCGGAUAGAAAUCGACUGUGUGUAACAUCAUGUAAACAGCUAUAGGAUUUAGUUAAAAUGGGUAUUUAUUUUAUACAUACAGUGGGGAAAAUAAGUCUUGAAUGCAUCAACAUUUUCCUUAGUAAAUAUGUUUCUAAUAUUUCUAACACAUAAUUUAUGGAUUUAUUUGUUUUGAUGUUUUUGUAUGUGUGGAUUACUUGGAUUGUUACCUACAUCUGCAUUAAAUUUCAUGUCAGUAGCCCCAUUAGAAAUAUAUUUACUGAGAAAAAUGUUGACACGUUCAAUACUUAUUUUCCCCGCUGUAGACAUUUUAAUUCUCGCUAUGUAUUAGGUUCUUGGGUUAGAUGUUUGCUUUUGAUUGGAUGUGAGUCUCACAAUAAAAAUGUCUUAAAACCUA